UCACGUCAGCCAAUCAGCAAAAGGCAGGUGUGAGUCACUUCCUGGUGCCGCUUGCCUUAUUUGGCAGGAAGGGGGAAGUCUUUUCCGCAUGCCGGAAAAAGAAAAUGGUGGCCAGGGUCGACAGGAGGCUUCUGUAGACAGAAAGAUAGCAAACGCUUUAUCUCUCUUUACAAUCUCUUGGUGUGGCCAUUUCUCUGAGAGGAACAAGAUGGCGGAUGCCGCCCAGGUGAAGAAAGCAGCUGUCAUGAUGCUGACCUACGUGGAGAAGGUAUCCUCCUUCGCCUCGUCCAUCGACCCCAUCUUUGGCAUCGUCUCCUCCCUGGUGGGGGUGGCUCGCAAGGGCCUCAUGGACGAGGAGGGCCACGAGCUGGACAAGGACUUCCAGGCCAUCCACACCAAGCUGGAGAGCAUCUCAGAGAAGAACCGGCAGUGCCUGACGCAGAUCCGGAUUGACGAGGUGAAUGAGACCUUUGGCAAGUACGAAGAGUACAUCAAGCACCAGUACGCCGCCUUUAACACCAUGGUGGCCCAGAUGAAGAAGGACCCGGAUAACACGCCGCAUUACAUGGAGAACUUUGAGCGGAUCUAUGAGCGGGACAAAAUGGACACCGGCCUGGACGUGUACUACCGCGGCGUGAUGGGCACCGGCUCGCUCUUCGGCAGGCCCCUGCUGAGAGUGUACCUGGAGAACUGCGACGGAGACCCAGAGAUCAUGGAGCACCAUUGCUCGCAUGUGGCCCACCUCUUCCACAUGGGCCUCAUCGCCCUAAUGGCUUACACCGCGGUCACCGAGGAUGAUGAGGAGGAGGUGCGCGAAAAGUGGGCUGCCAGGGUGCACGACAUUCAGGCAAAGAUGCAAGAGGUGCUCAGUCUGUGCAAAGACAUGGAUCCUGAUCCGGCAUCCGAUGACAACCGUCUUGCUUCCUGAAUCAGGACCGAGGAGUCUUGACCCACCACACAGCUGUGGACCAAUAUAAACGCAGACCAAUCAUCUUAUUAUACCAAAAGAACACAUGUAACCUCAGCUUUGUUUAUCGUUGAUGUUACUGUAUUAAACAUGGCAUGUUUUUGGUUUUCAACAUGUUUGCUAUAAUCACUUCAAAUAAAAGUAUUGAUGAAUUGAUUUGUUGUAGCCGGCACGGUGGGCGACUGGUUAGCGCAUCUGCCUUACCUUUCCGGGGACCGGGGUACAAAUCCCGGCCCCGUCUCUGUGGAGUUUGCAUGUUCUCCCCGUGCCUGGGUGGGUUUUCUCCGGGCACUCCGGUUUCCUCCCACAUUCUAAAAACAUGCGUGGUAGGUUGAUUGAAGACUCUAAAUUUCCCAUAGGUGUGAAUGUGAGUGUGAAUGGUUGUUUGUUUAUAUGUCCCCUGCGACUGAUCCAGGGUGUAUCCCGCCUCCCGCCCGAAGAUAACUGGGAUAGGCUCCAGCAGCCCAUGACCCUAGUGAGGAUAAGUGGUAAAGAUAAUGGUUGGAUGAUUUGUUGUAUACAGUUACACUAUAUUGGGUACAUCUCCAAAUGUGUAAUGUAAAGCGAUCGUUUUUACAGGACAGUGAAUCCCUGUUUAUCACAGUGGAAUAUGUUCCACACUCACCCGCGAUAGGUGAAAAUCUGCACUAUAGAGACAGUAUCAUUUUUUUUAUGUAGUUUUACCGUUCCCACACUUUUUAAACUAGAAUUGUUUUUCACCAACAAUAAAAAAUUCCAGGCAUAAAAUGUAUAGAUAAUACUCUAUGCAUUUGAUAUUGUCUGUGUUAGAGAUGUGCCUUUGUGAAGACUGGGGGUGGCGAGUGAUAACUACAAGUGUGUGUGUGAGUGUCUGUGGCUGACAAUGCAAUUUUAAAGCACUUGGGAAGGGUAAAAAAUGUUGGGGUAAUGUGUUUAGAUGGUCUCUAUCACUGGUUUGUAUCUAAUGUAAAUGGGUCUGGAACGUAUUGCCAACGAUAAAUAGCGUGUCACUUUAAUUGUGGAAUUGUAUUUACACUUUGAGAAGCACUUUAGAUAUGUUGUUGUAGUAGCUGGUAACAUUUGCCCAUAUAAAGGCAUUAAAACGUUUUC